GAAAUUUUGCUUAAUAGUGAGAUUGAUAGUCUGGAUAUCAAUCAAAUAAUUCUUGCUCAUUCUUGUAAGUCAAUUGAAGCAAUAAUUGUUGGCAAAAAUAAGGUUGAAUUCAGUAAAGUUGAUGAAGGCAUGGAUACAUAA